AAAUAAACACUUAGUAACAUAUCUACGCAGCACCACCGUUUUUAUGAAUACUGGGAAUAUCGAGGAAAUUCAAAUAUGAGACGCUAAUUGAUAAUGAAUAAAUGGUUAACAGUUUUAGUAACUGAGUCAUGUUUCUUUCGAUGAAAGCGAUGAAGUGGGCCUACCCUAUAUGUCCGAGGAUCACCACUAUUGGAAAAACAGGGUGUGACAUUAUUAUUGAUAACCCAACUGUUGAUCAACAACAUGCUGUUAUAGAGUAUGAUCCUUCCAAUGGCUUAGUAACCCUACGUGAUUUGUCCUCUCGUAAAGGGACAUUUGUGAAUGAUCAAAGAGUUGAUGGAAUUGUUCGCCUAUUAGUUGGAGAUAAACUGAGGUUUGGAUGCUGCUCAACAAUAUAUGAAAUAAUAUCCCCUGGAAAGAAUUCGUACGAGGUUCUUGAACCCUUUCCACUACAAGUGAUCAAAAGUCUUUUACAGGUACGCAACCAGCGGAUCUUGGUAAUCAAGAACAGCGAUCAGGUAACUUACUUACAAUAAUUUAUAACCACGAAGCUACAUUUCCUCCGUGGAUGAAAGUGUGCGAUGAUUCAGAUUCAAGUCAAAUCAAUAUUUCACGGAUCGUUCCAAGUGACAAUAAAGCCUCUAACACGUGUACACAGAUUGAAAAAAAUAAUUUCGAAGCACAUUUAUCCUCAAAGCAACCGGAGAGUCGUUCGAAUACUAACGAACCAAAAAUAUAUCCUCUCUAUUAUGUCAAAGCAAAUACUUCAGACCGUUGCUUGACUAAUCUUACUCCAAACGUGACAACAAGUGAUUCAAUAGGAAAUGACUCCAAUUCAGAUCAAAAGGAUCAAUUUAUUAAAGAAUUACAAGAACAAAUUAAUCGUCUUACACCAUUAGAAGCAAUCACUACACAAAAAGAUAUUCUUAUAAAACAUUUACAAAAUCAAUUAUCUCAAAUGAAUCAAUUGAAUAGAUUAUUUCAUUAUUCCGGUAAUUAUACCCCAUUACAUACACCUAGAAAUUUAUCUUUAAUAAAUAAUUAUACUCAAACAGAUAUUGAACAAAAUAUGAAUACAUCAUCAUCUGAUCUAAUUCCAUAUCCUAUUCAACAACAACACCAACAUCAACAACAACUUCAGCGACAACAAGAAGAAGAAGAACAACAACAACACCACCACCACCAACGACAAGAACAACAACAACAACAACAACAUGGACCAAUUAGAAUACGACCUUGUUCAACACCUUCACAAAUCAAAUUAUCCUUCAAUGAUACAAUAUUAAAUAAACAUGAUUGUAAAAUUAUGAAUGAUAAUUUAACCGAUGGACAAUUAUUAGAAAGAACACGUAGAGAACGUCAAAUAUUAAGUGGAUUAGUAACACAAUUACAAAAAGAUUUAUCUAAUAAAGAUAUACAAAUGAAUAGAUUAAAUAAAGAAUUAAGUCAAAUGAAAAAUCAAUUAAUAGAAAAAGAUACAACAAUAGAUGGAUUACAUAUGAAAUAUAAUAAAUCUCAAGAUAAAAAACAAUACAAUUUGGAGAAAGAACAAUUUGAAAAAGAAAUGGACAGUAUUCGUCAGAAAUAUAAAACUUCAGAAUUACAUAAUCAUUCAUUACAAGAUGAAUUAGAUAAAAUGAAAUUAGAUCAUCAUAAACUUCUUCAAGAUGUUGAAAAGAAAUUAGUUGAAGAGAAUAAAUUACGUAAAGAAUUAGAAGAAAUGCAAAUGAAAAUCAUUGAAUUAGAACGUUCUGUUCGAAUUCAUCAACUUGAUAAACAUGAAGCUAUUAGUGAGUUUGAACGUUUACGUACACGUAUCAUGCGUAUUGUAUUCGCUGUAUUAUCUGAAACUCAAUUCAAUACAAAGAAACUAUUAGAAAGUUCUUCUAAUAAUAACAAAGUUAUUAACAAUUCUGAAUCCAAUAUUCAAUCGAUUGAUAAAAAUCAUGAAUUAUCAAAUGUGAAAUCCCCAUCAUCAUCACCCUCAUCACCGUCACCCUCAUCAAUAGACAAUCAGGAUUCUUAUCAAGAUAUAAAUCAUAAUGAACAAUUAUUAGAUCGUAUACAAUUUUUAGCUGAUGAUUAUAAACGUUUACAAUCUGAAUUACAAAUGAAUCAUUCAAUAGACAAUCAAAUGAAACAACAAAAUAAACUAAUUGAAAAUGAAUUAAAUGAAUUUAUUCAUGUUUAUAUUGAAGCUCAACAAAACAUGAAAGAUACACCUAGAUUUCGUUCAUCAUUACGAUUAAAACAAGAUAUUGAAUUACUAGCCGCUUAUGUUCCAGCUAGUGAAAUUUUAAAACGACUUCAACGUAUCCUAUUGGAUGAUUUACAAGAUCAAGUGAAUACACAACAACGUCUUGAAGAUUGUGUACAAGAGGCUGUUGGAACAAUACAGUCACAGAAUACUGAUAUGUUACAUAUUAUUAAUCGUCCAGAUGAUUUAAUCAAUACAAUAAGACAUUUAGCUGAAUUUACAACCAUAUUGAUAAAACAAAAAACUGAUUUAUUAAAACAAAUAAAAGUCAACGAAGUAGAACAUCAAGAAGAACUUCUUAAAACUAAAUCAUUCAUUCAAAAUGAAUGGAAAACUAUUAUGGAUGAUAAAAUAGCUAAAUUAAAUUAUGAAAAUUCAGAUAAAAUCCAAAAAGCUGUUGAAGAAGUUGCACGAGUGGAAAGUUUAAGACAAGAACAAUUACUAUCUGUUAAAGCAACAAUCAUUGAAGAACUUGAAAAUAAAUUACGUGAAACUCGUCAAAUUUUAGCUGAAAAACAAAUUGCUCAUGAAACUGAAUUAAAUGAAAUCAAAGAAACAAAUGAACUUUUACCAAAAUUACAAAAAGAAAUUGAAUUAAAAGAAAAUCAACUAGAAGAAAUGAAAUUACAAUUAGAUCAACAAAAUCAAGAUAAUAUAAAAUUACAUGAACAAAUUGAAAAACAAUGUGAAUCUCAUUGGAAAUCUGAAUUGAAUAGUUAUAAAGAACAAGUUAGACAACAUGCUAGAACAAUAUGUGUUAUGGAAGAACGUUUAGUCAAGUUAACAAAACAAUUAAAGGAUAAUAAGAGUGAAGUAACAAAAUUGAAACGUACCAAUACAGAUUUACAAAGUGAAAAUAAACAAUUACAAACGCGUUUAACAGAUGCUCAUAAUCGUCUUCAAUCUUUACGAAUAAAAACAUCAGCACGUCAUAAUGAUGAUACAAAUAAACAAUCUUCUGUAUAUUCAUCUAUUGAUGAUAAUACAAAUUCUAAAUUGGUUGAUAAUUUAAAACUUGAAAUUAUUCAAUUACAAAAUAGAAUUAAAGAUCAAACAUCUAUUAUAGAAGUAUUACGUUCUGAUUUACAAGGGACACAAGCUCAAUUAAGUGAUAUUAAAGGUGAAUUACCGGAAUUACAAAAAGAACAAAUUGAAAAUGCAUUAAAUGAUAAUAAAAAAAUCAAUGAUGAAUUAUCUAAUACUAAAAUACAAUUAGCUAAUAUGAAAGAUUCAUUAGAACAAAUGAAUGAGAAAUUAAAUAAUAAAGAAGAGCAUAUAAAAAAAUUACAAAUUACAAUACAAGAAUUAACAAAUUCUAAACAUGAAUAUAAAUAUCAAAUACAUCAAUUACAAGAGACAAUCAAUAAUGAAAGAGAGAAAUUCACUCAAUCUAAUAAACAAUAUAAUACAUCAACUAAAUUUAUACAACAAUUAAUUGAUUUAGGUAAUACAUGUAAAGGUGAAAGACAUUAUGAUAUAAUUAAUAAACAAAAAGAAGCAUUAAAUCAAUUAAGACAACAAUUACAUAAUGAUCAAUAUAUGUAUUUAUUACCAAAAGGUAAUACAGAAAAUGAUGAAUUAAUUCUUCAACUAUCUAAAUUGAAACGUGAAAAUGCUGAAUUACGUAGUAAAUCACUACUUAAUGAAAUAGUUCCAUCAAUAAAAGCAUUAACAAAUAAUACUACACUUGCAUUAAGUGAUAUCAUGAAUGGUAAUGAUAAUGAUAAUGAUGUUGAUCAAGUGACUGGUCAAAUAUUACCAAAAAUGGAUCAUAUUGGUUUAAGAAAUGCAAUGGAUGCUUUAUAUACUUCAGAAGAAUGUUAUUUAAAUCUAGCCCGAUCAAUAUCAAGCCGUUUAGAUUUAGAUCGUCUACCAGGUCAAAGAUCACUUAUUCAAGUGCCAAAAAUAGAAAGAGAAACAGUUAGAAAAGAACGCCAGAAUACAAUUGAACUAUUAUCGCGAAGAAUUGAAAUAUUAAAAGAUCAACUUCAACAUAAAGAAAAUUUACUCAAUGAAUAUGAACGUGAUAUGAGUCGAUUGAAACAAGCUGAAGCAUUGGCAGAUGCAAAAAGUGAACAAUUAGAUCAAUUCAUUAACGAAUUACGCUCGAAAGAAACAGAAAUUCAAUUAUUACGUCAAAGUUUAGAUAGGACACGUGAAGCAUUAUUGAAUGAACAACGUUCAGUAGCUGCAUUUAAAAAGUCAAGAAAUUCAACACCAACUUCCAAUGUCAGUUCAAUUAAGGUAAUUCCAUCACAGAAGAAAAAACCUCGCCAAUCAUGCAAUGAACAAACUGACAAGGAACAACGUCAAAGAAAAUUUAUUCAAGAGAAAUUAAAACGCAAAGAUUAUGAAAUUGAUACAUUAAAAAAUCAAUUAGAAGAACGUGAUAAAAAACUUGAAUUAUUAUCAAAUGAAACAGUAAAAAUGAGAAUGCAAAUGGGUUUAGAUGAUAUUUAACAUAAAGAAGACAAUAUUACAUAGAUUCAAUAUUCGAUUUUAUGUAAAUGAACUUUCUAUCGGCUAGAGUAUGAAACAUAUUACAGUUGUCUAUUCACAACAAUAUCAACUGUUGUUGUACUGUACUUUGUAUUUUUCUCAUUAUUAUAAAUCUAAUAUACUGUGGAUUUCAUGUUAAAUGAUUUAAAUGAUCUUCUUUUAUUAUGAAUAAAACUUAACAGAACAGAA